AUGGCACAGUCCCUAAGAAUCCUCACCACAAUUGUGGUAGUAUUCACUAUAAUAUGCUCUUUAACAGCCACCAAAGCACGUCCUAUACUUGUUGAUCUUAGUCCUACUGAGUCGAGCACGUUAGUGGCUCGACUAAACUUGGCUGGCCACUCGACAAGCUGCUGGGAGUCCUUGUUCAAGCUCCAAUCUUGCUCAGGGGAGGUGUUCCAGUUUUUCUAUGAUGGGAAAACCUAUUUGGGCUCAGAUUGUUGUCAUGCAAUUAUUAUCAUAGUCCAGGAUUGUUGGCCCGCUAUGCUAGGCUCAUUGGGCUUUACUGCAGAGGAAGGUGAUAUUCUUAAGGGUUAUUGUGAUGCUGAGGAGAAUAAUCCAAGCCCAAAACCACCAAGCCCACCUCACGCUCCCGGGCCCGUUAAGUACUGA